AUGUACAGCGCGUGGUUAAAUACCAGACGUAGUACUAAUUUAGAAAAGUUGCAUUUCAUUAUCGGCCACGGAAUCAUUCGUAAAGAACUGAGAGACGAAAUAUUCUGCCAUCUUUGUAAACAGUUAUCAAACAACCCAUCGAAAGCCUCUUUCGCUCGCGGGUGGAUUCUACUAUCACUUUGUGUUGGCUGCUUCCCACCUUCUGAGAGAUUUGUCAAUUACCUUCGCUCCUUCAUCAGAGAGGGACCCGCUGGCUAUGCUCCGUAUUGUGAGGGACGUUUAAUGAGGACUUUCAAAAAUGGCUCCCGCACACAACCUCCUAGUUGGCUGGAACUGCAAGCUACGAAAACGAAGAAACCCGUAUUACUCACAGUUACUUUAAUGGAUGAGACCAUGAAAACUGUACAGUCUGAUUCAGCCACAACAUCUGAAGAAAUAUGCCAGCAAAUAGCCGAUAAUGUUGGUCUUAGUGACACAUUUGGGUUCUCACUUUACAUAACACUCUAUGAUAAAGUCCUUUCUUUGGGUAGUGAAGGAGAGCAUAUUAUGGACGCAAUUUCACAAUGUGAACAAUACGCAAAAGAGCAAGGAACACCAGAGAAAAGCGCUCCGUGGAGGUUGUUCUAUCGAAAAGAAGUAUUCACGCCCUGGCAUAAUCCAGCAAACGACCCAGUUGCUACCAACCUCAUAUAUCACCAAGUGGCUAAGGGUGUCAAGUUCGGAGAAUACCGCUGCAAUUCUGAAACCGAUUUAGCAAUCAUUGCAGCACAACAGCAUUACAUAGAGUAUGGAGCAUAUAUUGAACCAAACGUUUUAAGAAAAGUAAUCGCAAACUACAUUCCAAAUCAGUUUAUUCAGAGUAACGAUGCAGCGUUAACAAAAUGGGAACAUUUAAUUACAAAAGCAUUUGAAGCGUCGCAGAGUAUUCAAUCUAAGAUAGAGCCGCUGCGAUGUAAAGAAGAUAUUGUUAUAUUCGCAAAAAUAAAAUGGCCUAUGAUGUUUUCAAGAUUCUUCGAAGCUAUAAAAUUGAAAGGUGAUUCAAUCAACAAGGAUAUCGUCAUUAUAGCAAUUAACUGGACUGGAAUCUACAUUGUCGAUCAAUCUGAGCAUAUUCUCUUAGAAAUGUCUUACCCUGAAGUCACAUAUGUCGCAUACAGCGAAGACAAAGAUUACGAAAAUAUUGGUAGAGUGACUAUCAAAACUAUACAGCAAGAAGAAUUCGUAUUUCAGAGUGUUGAAGCGAGCGAAAUGAGCUCAUUAAUAAUAUACCUUAUAGAUGGUUUAAAGAGGCGCUCUGUAUAUGUUAUAGCUCAAAGUGAUUCUCAAGGGUACAGUGACGCUGCCUCAUUCUUACAAUAUAAAAAAGGUGAUCUCAUUACCCUUUUACAAGAGUUUAACGGUGAAACUCUCAUGAAUGCUACUUGGGGCCACGGACUGUGUAAUGGAAAAGAAGGUUUAUUCCCCACAGAACAAGUUUAUAUAUUACCUACACUGUCUUUACCACCAACUUCUGUAUUAGAGGUAUUCAAAAAAGGUAACAUAAACAACGACAAAAAAGUUACCUCUCAAUAUAAUACUUUGCAGAGGAAGAGAAUGUAUACCUUAGAAAAAUACGCUAAAGAACAUUUUAGAGAAAACUUUGAUAUUCAAGCCACAAUAUCCAAACAAUCCACUAUAACAUCCGCUAAGAAGUCAGUGUUGGGCGAUCUUUGGGCCCAUACGCGUGAACCUCUCCGCCUUCCUUUACUAAAUAAAUUACUAGAUGACGAAAAGAUUUGUAAAGUGGCUGUUGCAACAUUCUUUGCGAUUUUGAAAUACAUGGGCGAUAUGCCCAGUCCAAAACCACGGUCAACUACUGAGUAUACAGAUGAAAUAUUCAUGCCUGCAUUAAAGGAUCCCAUAUUACGCGAUGAAAUUUAUUGCCAAAUAAUGAAACAACUGACUAACAAUAGAAUACAACUGAGUGAGGAAAGAGGAUGGGAGUUGAUGUGGCUGGUGACAGGAGUGUUUGCCUGCGGCCAAACUUUAAUGAAGGAAUUAGUAGAGUUUCUUAAAACGAGACCGCAUCCUAUAGCUAAAGACUGUUUGAAACGGGUUUUCAAAAUUCAAAAGGGAGGCGCCAGGAUGUAUGCCCCAUAUGUGGUGGAAGUUGAGGCGAUACAACACAGGAGUAUGCAAAUAUACCACAAAGUUUAUUUCCCUGAUGACACUGACGAGGCAUUUGAAGUUGACUCAUCGACCAAGGCAAAAGAUCUAUGCGAACAAAUUACUGGUCGGUUGAGUUUGAAGAACAGCGAUGGGUUUAGUCUGUUUGUUAAGAUUAUAGAUAAAGUAUUCUCAGUUCCGGAUAAUUAUUAUUUCUUUGACUUUAUACAUGAACUUGUUGAAUGGAUGAAGCAAACUAGACCGGCGCGAGUUACAGGUGGCCAAUUACAAAUGAACUACCAGAUAUUUUUCAUGAAGAAACUAUGGAUCAAUACAUUGCCUGGCAAAGACAAGAACGCUGAUGAAAUAUUCUAUUUCCCCCAAGAGCUACCCAAAUAUUUGCGUGGUUAUCACAAGACGUCCAAGCAAGAUUUAGUGGAUUUAGCGGCUCUUAUUUAUAGAGCCAGAUUUGGUGAUGAUCAGGCGCUAUUGCCUCAAAUCCCUCAAAUGCUGGACGAGUUCAUACCACCAGAUAUGCUAAAAAUUAUGUCCAAUUCUCAAUGGAAAUCUGCAAUAAGUGCAGCUCAUCUUAAACAUGGUGUCAUGAGUGAAAGCGAAGCUAAGGAGCAAUUUUUGAAAAAGAUCUACCAAUAUCCAACAUUUGGAACAGCUUUCUUUGAAGUUAAGCAAACUUCUGACCCGACAUAUCCAGAAAUGGUUGUCAUCGGUAUUAAUAGGCAGGGCGUAAGCGUCAUUCAUCCACAAACACGGGAUGUUAUGGUGACAUAUCCAUUUUCACAACUAUCCAAUUGGUCAUCAGGAAAUACAUUCUUUCACAUGACAAUGGGAAGCUUCAUGAGAGGAACCAAAAUACUAUGCGAGACUUCUUUAGGUUAUAAAAUGGAUGAUUUAAUAUCAUCAUACAUAGCUGUUUUGCGUCAAUCAAUCAAGCAAAGAACUCGAAACUAA